UUGAAAAAUGACCACAGUUGACAAAACUGAACCCUCAGACCCAUCCACCUGUCAGAACCAGCCUGGCAGUUCUGAGGCAGUCUCACCUGAAGACAUGGACACAGGCUCUGCCAGCUGGGGUGCUGUGUCUUCACUAAGUGAUGUUUCCAACCACACGCUCUCAUUAGGACCAGGACCUGGUGCUGUAGUUUAUUCAAAUCCGUCUGUACCUGAUAAGUCAAAACCGUCACCACCGAAGGAUCAAGUCCUAGGUGAUGGCAUUGCUCCUCCUCAAAAGGUUCUGUUUCCAUCUGAAAAGAUUUGUCUAAAGUGGCAGCAAACUCAUCGAGUUGGCGCUGGGCUCCAGAAUUUGGGCAAUACCUGUUUUGCCAAUGCUGCAUUGCAGUGUCUAACUUACACGCCACCCCUUGCCAAUUAUAUGUUAUCACACGAACACUCCAAGACAUGCCAUGCAGAAGGGUUUUGUAUGAUGUGCACAAUGCAAACGCACAUUACGCAGGCGCUCAGCAACCCUGGGGACGUCAUCAAGCCUAUGUUUGUCAUCAGUGAGAUGCGGCGCAUAGCUAGACAUUUCCGUUUUGGAAACCAAGAAGAUGCCCAUGAAUUUCUUCAGUACACAGUUGAUGCCAUGCAGAAAGCAUGCUUGAACGGCAGCAAUAAAUUAGACAGACACACCCAGGCUACCACUCUGGUCUGCCAGAUAUUUGGAGGAUACCUAAGAUCUCGAGUCAAAUGUUUAAAUUGCAAGGGUGUUUCAGAUACUUUUGAUCCAUAUCUCGACAUAACAUUGGAAAUUAAGGCUGCUCAGAGCGUAACCAAGGCUUUGGAGCAGUUUGUGAAGCCGGAACAACUGGAUGGAGAAAACUCGUAUAAGUGCAACAAGUGCAAAAAAAUGGUUCCAGCUUCAAAGAGAUUCACCAUCCAUAGAUCCUCUAAUGUUCUUACCAUUUCACUGAAGCGUUUUGCCAAUUUUACUGGUGGAAAAAUUGCUAAGGAUGUGAAAUAUCCUGAGUACCUUGAUAUACGACCCUACAUGUCUCAGCCCAAUGGGGAACCGAUUAUUUAUGUUCUGUAUGCUGUGCUGGUACAUACUGGUUUUAAUUGUCAUGCUGGCCACUACUUUUGCUACAUUAAGGCUAGCAAUGGCCUCUGGUAUCAGAUGAAUGACUCCAUUGUCUCCACCAGUGAUAUUAGAUCGGUACUUAACCAGCAAGCCUACGUACUCUUUUAUAUCAGGUCCCAUGAUGUGAAAAAUGGAGGGGAACUUGCUCAUUCCACCCACAGCCCCGGCCAGUCCUCUCCCCGGCCUGGGAUCAGUCAGCGGGUUGUCAACAACAAACAAGCUGCACCAGGCUUUAUUGGACCCCAGAUGCCCUCCCAUGUGAUGAAGAAUACACCCCACAUGAAUGGGACUGCUCCAUUGAAAGAUGCCCCAAGCAGUUCCAUGUCUAGUCCUAAUGGAACCACCAGCAUCAAUAGGGCUAGUCCUGUUACUGCUUCAACUUCUGUGCAAAACUGGUCUGUUAACAGACCCUCAGUUAUUCCUGAACACCCCAAGAAACAAAAAAUCACCAUCAGUAUUCACAACAAGUUGCCUGUUCGCCAAGGUCAGGCGCAGCUGAAUAACAACCUUCACAGCCCUUCUCUGGAGGCCCCUAGCAAGGCAGUGCCCUCCUCUACCAUCACUAAUGCUUCUUCAAUACAGUCUACCUCGAACGCACCCACGAUGGCAGUUUCUAAGAAAGUAGCAAAAUUCUUUGCCCCAAGUGAGUCCUGUUCCAAGCCCAUGGUGAACGGCAAGGCAAAGCUGAGCUCUGGCGUGCUGGUCCCCUAUGGGGCCGAGUCCUCUGAAGAGUCUGACGAGGAGUCAAAGGGCUUGGCCAAGGAGAAUGGCCUGGGCAUGAUGGCUAGCGCCCACUGUUCUGGUCUAGAAGCUGAAGACGAGGACAGUGAAGCUACACCACAUGAGCUUCAAGAACCCAUCAUGCUAAAUGGUGCUAAUAGUGCAGAGAGUGACCUAAGAGAGAAUGGCCUGGCGUUCGAUGUUGCCAGCUGCCAGGUCCAGCCCACUUUACACACAGAAAACCUCUUUUCUAAGCUAAAUGGUCUUCCUGGAAAGUUGAUACCUGCUCCUUUACAGUCUGUUCCUGAAGACAAAGUCUUAGAGACUUUUAAACUUACCAACCAAGUGAACAGCCCAGCAGAUGGAGCAAGUUGGACUGCGACAGGGGAAAGCCCCCCGAAGACCCCCGCCGCAGAGCCACAGCCCUGCAGUGCCGAGGUCGGCCCCCUUGAGACACCCGAGGCAGUCGCCAGCCCGAGCCAGACCUCCACCGUGCUGUCGCCGCUGGACCCCGCCAUCAACUCUACCAAAGACGCCUCCAUGGUCGUUGCCACCAAGCCCGUGGAGGCCUUGUCCCCCGCCACUCCUUGUAGCACCAACGGCGAUAUCCUGGGGGACGCCCAGUUGCAAGAGCCCUGUGCCCCUGGAGACCUGGGUGCCGAUCGCGGCCAGCCCGCCCCUGCGCCAGAAGGGACCGGGACCGAAGCGGAGGCCGCGCAGGACCCCGCUGAGGCUGCGCAGCGCCUGAGCCCGGCGGCCCAGCGACUUGCCGGCGACGGGAGCGAACAGAAACUCUUCCUUUACCUCUGCACAGAGGGGUUCGAGGAGGCGCCAGACUCUUCCAGAAGCUCGGGGGCAUCUGUCGCCGCCAUGCCUCCUCAGCCAGACAGGACCACCAGCUCCUCGGAAGAGGCCGCCGAGCAGGUGGCGGGCGAGAGAGGGGCUGGCGGGCCGGCGGGGGCCCUUGCUCAGGAGCCUUCCCCCGCCAAGGAGAAGCCGACCACCCUCCGGAAGGUGGACCGCGGCCACUACCGCAGCCGGAGGGAGCGCUCGUCCAGCGGGGAGCAGGCGCGGGACAGCCGUCGCGGGGAGGACCACCACCACCACCACAAGAAGCGGCGCUGCCAAAGCCGCGAGCGGCCCAAGGCCGAGCGCCACCCCGCGGCGCACUGCAACAGCUCGCACUUGGGCCACGGCAACCGUGCCAGCCCUGAGCGCCGCUCUCUCAGCAGGUACCACCACCACUCGCGCCUGCGCGGCCCCGAGCAGGACUGGAGCCGACCCCACCACGGGGAUGGCGAUCAGGCCUGGGGCCGGGAGAGGUUUUACCCCGACAGGGAGCGCUGGGACAAGUGUAGGUACUACCACGACAGGUACGCGCCCUACGCUGCCCGGGACUCACGUGACUGGCGGCCCCCGCACAGCCGUGAGCUGGAGCACGCGCCAAGGCCGCACAAGGACUGCCACUGGGGUCGCAAGGGCUGGGAGCCCGCCCGCAAGGAGCGGCCCCACUUCCAUGGCCCGCACGGGCCCGGCCUCGCUCUGCCCCUCGACAGACACCUGCAGGAGAAGGCGCUGGGGUCCCAGGACAGCAGCUACAGCCUUCCCGAGCGCUUCCACCAGCACGAGAGCGCCAGGUCAAGGAAACGGAGGUACGAGAGCAGUGACGGCCGCAUGCAGAAGAAAGUCCACCGCAGCCAGGAGAAGGGCCCGCUGGAAGAGCCCAGGGCCAAGAAGCACAAAAAGUCGAAAAAGAAAAAGAAGUCCAAAGACAAACACCGGGAGCGUGACUGCAGGCACCAGCAAGACUCUGAUUUUUCAGGAACAUACUCUGAUGCUGACCUCCAUAGACAUAGGAAGAAAAAGAAGAAAAAGAAAAGACAUUCAAGGAAGUCAGAGGACUUUAUGAAAAAUGUAGAGCUACAUUUACCGAAGCCCUCGAGCUACGAGGCCAGUGGCCAUUUCCGGAGAACUGAGGGCGCCUUUCUGCUAGCCGAUGGCCUGCCUCUGGAAGGCAGUGGCCUUUUCUGGGAGAAAACAAAGCAUUUAAGGAUGGAAAGCCGACCUGACAGAUGCCAUCUGUCAGAGUAUGGCCAGGGUGAUUAAAACCUUGGCCUCCUAACAAAAAAAAAUAUGAUUCAACAUUCAACAGAAGCCAUCCCCAACCCAGCUUAAAUUAUAAACAUAGAAAAUAACUGUGUCCAAACUGUGUGGUGCUUCUUUAGUAAAUACUGUACAGUGUUGAUAUCU